CUAAAGUUAGCAGUAUAUGGAUUAUGGAGCUUCAGAGCCAGGGACCGUUGCUGUGUUUAUCCACUCGGAUUCUCGUCGUUGAGGAUGAAGCUAGAUACUCCAUAGCUUUGCCUCUUUCACGAGAAGCUUCAAUUCUUCAAUGUUCCUUUCACAGAUUAGAUCCGCACACAUUAUUAAGGUCAUAUGAUAUCGCAGUCAUCAGGUUGGAGUACGAAUCUUCCGUCAGUUCCGAUGAGGAUUGCGGCGAUACAAGCAUCACCUUCCCUUCCAACGAUCACCAUCUCUCGAUUUAUUUAUAAACCUAAAUAUUUCCGUCGUCCUCUUGUUGCAAAACUGCCGUUCCGUUUACGUUUUCCAUCGUCCUGGCGAAAGCUCGAAGUUCCGGCCGUUCCGGCCACAAAGAGGCAACCUUCCCAGUUGGAAGAGUCUCAGAAAUCAACUGAGAGCGAAAUUGCGUUACUGUCUGAGAAGGGAGAUGGAGGGCCUGGCUAUGGUUGGUUACCUGCUUUUCCUCAUGUGCUAUUGGCUUCCAUGGCGAACGUUAUCUUUGGAUAUCACAUAGGGGUAAUGAAUGGUCCGAUAGUAUCUAUUGCAAGGGAGCUUGGUUUUGAAGGAAAUUCACUACUUGAGGGAUUUGUGGUCAGCAUAUUCAUAGCUGGUGCAUUUAUUGGAAGCGUAAGCUCUGGCUCACUUGUUGAUAACCUUGGAUGUCGGCGUACAAUUCAGGUUGAUACGUUUACAUUAAUUCUUGGGCCAAUUUUAAGUGCACAAGCACACUCUUUGGAUGAAAUGCUUUGGGGAAGAUUUCUUGUUGGCCUUGGUAUUGGUGUGAACACUGCCCUUGUUCCAAUUUAUAUUUCAGAGGUCUCACCAACGAGGUAUAGGGGUUCAUUGGGAACCUUGUGUCAAAUUGGCACCUGCAUAGGGAUAAUUGCAUCCCUGUUCUUAGGAAUUCCUUCUGAAAGUGAUCCACAUUGGUGGAGAACGAUGUUAUACAUUGCAAGUUUGCCUGCUUUUAUCCUUACAUUUGGUAUGCAGUUUGCUGUCGACAGUCCCCGCUGGCUAUGUAAAGUAGGAAGAUUGGAUGAUGCCAAAACAGUUAUCCGCAAUCUCUGGGGAAAGUCUGAAGUUGACAAAUCAAUUGAAGAAUUUCAGUCAGUUAUUAGAAACGAUGGUAGUGAUUUGGAGAGCAGCUGGUUGGAACUCCUUGAGGAGCCUCACAGGAGAGUUGCUUUCAUUGGAGGCGCACUUUUUGUACUUCAACAGUUUGCAGGCAUAAAUGGAGUUCUCUAUUUCUCGUCCUUGACUUUUCAUGAUGUUGGCAUUACAAGCAGUGGUUUAGCCAGCUUAUUAGUUGGAUUCACCAACUUUGGAGGGGCACUGCUUGCUUUAUACUUAAUGGACAAGCAAGGGAGGAAAAAGCUUCUGAUAGGAAGCUACUUGGGAAUGGCAGCUUCGAUGUUUCUCAUAGUUUAUGCCAUCAGUUCUCCAUUGGAUGAACAACUUGCUCACAACUUGUCAAUACUAGGAACCCUUGUGUACAUAUUCACCUUUGCGGUAGGUGCAGGACCAGUUACUGGUCUUAUUAUUCCUGAGCUUAGCAGCACCAGAACACGUGGGAAAAUCAUGGGCUUCAGUUUAUGUGUUCAUUGGGUUUGCAACUUCUUGGUGGGUCUUUAUUUUCUCAAGCUGGUGGAUAGAUUUGGAGUUUCUCCGGUUUAUGCAAGCUUUGGUGGGGUUUCGUUGCUUUCAGCGAUAUUUGCUAGUUAUUUCAUAGUUGAGACAAAAGGGCACUCUCUCGAGGAGAUAGAGAUGUUGCUAAAGCUGCCAGACACAAGAAAAUAACCUAAUUCUAGUCCAUGAAAAUGAGAGAAUAGAGAAAACAUUGGUGUAGAGGAUGCCGAGUUGGAAGGCGAUUUUUGCAUAUCAACAUUUUCAAGCAGGCUCAAGUGAGUUUUGAAGACAGUGCUUUGCUUCAUUCUGGAAUCAUAUCCCCAAAUUGUUGGUUCCCCAAUGAUUGGUGCCUGGCUGUGCUGGCUGGUCAGGGUUGGGAUGAGUGUGGCAGUGGCGGACCAAACUCAUCAAACUCAUCUGGAUGCUACUUAGAGCUGUGUAUGGUACCUUCCCAUGUUAACCCAAAUUGAAAACAAUUGUUGUAGUUGCAGGGGUGGUACUAUUACUGUAGAAUAUAACCAAAGGUAGUGGAAAUGAGUAGCUGUAAUGAGCAACCUCUAUAUGUAAUGACUGAUGACAGCUGUAAUGAGCAAUUUCUUUGACAAUUUGGUUAAUGGUGAUGAUCGAAAGGGAAGUUUUGGUUCUCAACAGAA